UCCCUCAUCCGCCGGCACAUCUCACCUUUCGCAUCCCACCACGUCCCGCCUCCGUCUCGUCUCACCUCCAUCGGCUCCUUUCCCCGCUUACCGACCGACCGACCGACCGGCGGACGGCGAGCGGAGGCGACCGAUCAGUUUGCCGGCGCCGUCCGGCUUCUCGACACCGAGCGCGGCUGAGGAAGAGGACGCGGCCAUGGAGCACAGCCACAUCUUCCCCGUCGCCACCCCCAACGGGAGCAGCUGGCGCGUCGGGCAGCAUCCCUGGGCAGCGGCCCCCGGGUGCCCCCUCGGGCCGCUGCCCGUCGUCUACUACAGCGUCUUGCUGUGUCUGGGCCUGCCGGCCAACAUCUUGACGGUGGUCAUCCUGUCCCAGCUGGUGCUGCGUCGUCAGAAGUCGUCCUACAAUUAUCUCUUGGCGCUGGCGGCCGCCGACAUCAUGGUCCUGCUGCUCAUUGUUUUUGUCGACUUCAUACUGGAGGACUUCAUCCUGGUCACGCCGCUGCCGCCGUCCGUGAACAGCGCCGUGCAGGUGCUGGAGUUCUGCUCCAUCCACACGUCCAUCUGGAUCACCGUGCCCCUCACCGUCGACCGCUACAUCGCCGUUUGCCACCCGCUGCGCUACCACACCGUCUCCUACCCGGCGCGCACGCGGAGGGUGAUUUUCGCCGUCUACGUCGGGUGUCUGCUCUCGGCCGCACCGUACUACUGGUGGCCAGAGUUGUGGCACAGCUUGCCCGCCGUGGCGAGCAGGGGCGGGGGCGGCGGCGAGAGUAACAGUCGAACCGCGGCCCAACACGUCCUUGUGUGGGCCCACUGCGCCACCAUCUACCUCCUCCCCUGCGCCGUCUUCUUCACCCUCAACGCCGUCAUCGUGCGCAAGCUGCGCCGCCGCCGCAGCUGCUUCCGUAUGCGCGGCUACUCCACCGGCAAGACCACCGCCAUUCUGCUCGCCAUCACCUCCGUUUUCGCAGUUCUGUGGGCGCCUCGCACCCUCAUGAUACUUUACCACUUCUACUCAUCGCCUCCGGCCUCGCCGGGCGCCGGACGCCUGCUGCACAUGCUGACGGACCUGGCCAACAUGCUGGCCUUGCUCAACACCGGCGUCAACUUCUUCCUCUACUGCUUCAUCAGCAAGCGUUUCAGGGCCAUGGCGGCCAACGUGCUGCACGCGCUGGUCCACUGCCGGAAGCAGCCGCAGCCCUUCUACGCCAGCCACAAUUUCUCCAUCACCAGCAGUCCCUGGAUCUCACCGGCCAACUCCCAUUGCAUCAAGAUGUUGGUGUACCAGUACGACAAAAACGGGAAGCCUAUUUGUAUUUCCUCUUGA